GUAUACUUUAUUCCAGAUAAGUCUCACGUCCUCAUCACCAACUACAAUGUCUACCUCAUUCUCGUCGGCCCACAGGCUCUAUGUCAAGUCACUCUACCGUCGUAUGCUGAAAAACGAGCUGGACUGGGUUGUUCGCAGAGAUAUUUGGCGUGGCCGUGCAAUGAUGAUUAGAGCCGAGUUUGAGCGAAACCGUGACGUCACGGAGCCGAGAGCUCUCGCCCAGAUUUUUGAGAAAGCGGAGGCUUCUCUCGCAAGCAAGUUGCAUCCCGAUCCUUAUAUCCCUCCGUCUAUGCCAGGAGGAACAAAAUGGGAACGCAACAUACCUCCUACCAUUGCUCCUAUAUACGAUCACACAGCUGCCGCACAUCAUUAAAUAUUGUAUACCUGCUUCAGCACCCAAUGCACUGUUGUGUCGAGCACCGGUCUCAGUGCCGGGAUUGCCAUGUCUUGAAUUUCGAAUAUUGUACCAAGUCUGAGUUCACUGACGUUUCCAACCUUCUUUACUGGACUGUCGUCAUCUGAUCCCUUCCUGUGCGACUUCAGCAUUUCCAGUGUGUUCUAUAUCGAGGAUAUCCAUAGUGCUGCAUCAGCAUGACGU